GAUUGGAACACCUGAAUCGCAUGACAUGGAGGGGACUGGAACACCUGAAUCACAUGAUAUGGAGGGGAUUGGAACACCUGAAUCACAUGAUUGGGAGGGGAUUGGAACACCUGAAUCACAUGAUAUGGAGGGGAUUGGAACACCUGAAUCGCAUGAUAUGGAGGGGAUUGGAACACCUGAAUCACAUGAUAUGGAGGGGAUUGGGACACCUGAAUCGCAUGAUAUGGAGGGGAUUGGAAUACCUGAAUCACAUGAUAUGGAGGGGAUUGGAACACCUG